UGUUCAUUCAAAAAAGAAAAAAGCUAAGGUAUAGAUUAGUAUGUACGUGAGUGCGUGCGUGGUGGUGCAGUUGAGCGCGCGGCGUUUGCGGAUUUGUUAGGAGAGCGUUUUUUUAUAUGUUUUUUUUUUGUAAUUUAUUUGAUUUUUUUUUGUGCAAUUUUUUAUUUUGUAUUAUUAGACCGAGUGAAAGUAACGAGUGGGUGUGUUGGAGUUCGACAUUCCUUUAAGGGAAAGCAAGCGCGUGCUUCGUGUAUUCAUGCGAGAACUUUAAACAGACAUUCUGUAAGGAAGGAAAAACAAACAGCGCGCGCGCGCACGCGGGUGGGUGUGUGUAUGUGUAUGUGUGUUGCACAUUGAAGAACAAGCUUGCUUUGCGAUACACGGAUCUUUAUUGCACUUUUACUGCAGUAACCAGAGGCAAAAUAAACAAGCUUUUCUCUUGGUGCAGCUGAUCUCCUGCAGGAGUAACGAUGGAGAAGGUGCUAACAGCGACGGUGCUUCCGAGGAGCCGGUUAGGGAAGCGCUCUCCACUAGGAGCCUUGGUGUGCAACUCUUCAGCAGAGGGUCUCGUGGACGUAGGAGGACACGGAGACACCGACGGCGUUCCUGUGAUCUCCGGGAUCGGAGCAGGAGUCCACGGUGUCCACAGGGUCAAACUGCACCCGGGACAGCGGGUGUACGUGCAUUGUGGUGGACAAGAGCGUGCUGGCGCUGUGGAGCAGCACAACCACGUGGACAACGAGGUGUCCAUAUUCAUACAGCAGCUCAAUCAGCGCGUGCACCGGAAACUGGAGGACGUGUGGUUGAGCCCGUCAGGCGUCCUCGCUCACCCCGUGUCUUUAUCAAUCGACGUGCCAAAAAGGAGCGUAGAGAGCGCCGACAUGGACGAAAUCAUGGCUGCUAUGGUGCUAACCAGUCUGUCCUGCAGCCCAAUGAUCCAAAGCCCCGUUCAUGGAGAACCAGCGCCAGUGUCAAACGGGACAGAUAGCACUGGUAGCGAAAUGUCUGAUGGUGGUUACUGGAGCUGUGACCAUGGAAACAGCAGUCCUGCGCCGUCUCCACCUGACGCAGAGGCGGACCGCACCCCUCCUGUCGACGAUGGCUUGGACAUGGAGAUGGAUCAAGUGUUGUUUGAUGAACCAGCACCGAGGAAACGCAAGAACUCGGUGAAGGUGGCGUACAGGUGCCUGUGGCCAAACUGUGGCAAAAUCCUCACCACUAUUGUAGGCAUGAAGCGCCACAUUCGUACUCUUCACCUGGGCCGACAGAGCGAACAGGAGCGCUGCCAAAGAGAAGAAGACUUCUACUACACGGAAAUCUACCAGGACGCGGAACAACCGGCAGCUCCGGCCGGCUCCGGAUCGCCUUCCAGUCCGAGCCAUCGGAGAUCCUCUCCACCGACGCCGGAGCCUCUUCAACCCAGCCCGCUCAGCCAGUCGGCCCCCAGCAGCUUCUGGCAGGUCCACUCCGAACACUCGUACCAGGCUCCGCCUCCUGUUGGUUUGACUCCGUGUAAAGCCGUGUGUGUGCCUGUCCUGCCUCGCUGGGCGCCUCUCGUCACGCCACACCAGAACAAACAGGCCGCUCCAUUCCGGCGUCGUUCGGUCAGCGUAGGUGAACAGUGGCUCCAGAGCCACAGCGCCCCCUCCAGGCCUCCACACCUCGCCAGUGUUUCACCUCCAAGAAGCCACUGCGCCUCACGGAGGGUUCGAGGCGAGGCUAAAAAGUGCCGGAAGGUGUACGGUAUCGAGCACCGGGAUCAGUGGUGUACGGCCUGUCGCUGGAAAAAAGCCUGCCAGAGAUUUUUGGACUGAAUCUGGUGCUGAGCUGAACGACGUCCGAACCAGAGACCGAGGAAUUAAACGUGAACAGGUGGAUCAGCUACACCGCGGUGGAGGGAAAACAGACGAACAACCUUUCUUUUUUUUCGUUUUUUUUAAAAUUCUGUACAUUUUAUAAGAGACGUUUUACCGUUAUGGCGCAGCGUUAACUGCGGACCGAUCUACGCCGCAGUCGGUCUCUCACACCGCGUCAGUCUUCCUGAGGUCGUCCGCUCGGUGCCGAUUUCUUUCGAUAUGCAACAGCCAUAUUUUCUGUGACGGCUCAGAUUAAUCGAGGGUCGUGACACUCCGUAUGGUGACUCUUUUGUUUACCGCGAGAGAUUCGCAGUCAUUCCAGAAAACCCGACCCGUCUUUCUGUUUCAUCGUUUUUUUUGUAUUUUUUUUCGGCGAUUCGAAAAAGCCGAGGUUUUACAGAAAGACGUCGUUUUUUUUUUUUCUUUCUUUGCUUUUUCGUAUUUGGGUUUUGUUUCGUUUUUCAGGGCAGGAAGUGAACGGCAGCUCGACGGUGAAAGUGAUUUGUAUGGACGUGCUUUAAAAGCAUACACGCCUUUUAUGUUUAUGUAUGCCAUGUAUACCAGCUGUUACGUGCUGUUACGUGUUUUUAUAACGACAAAAAGAGCAAAAAAAAAAAAAAGCCAAAAACCAACCAAACACUUUUUGUUUGUUGUUGUUGUUUUUUUUGUAUUAAGACGUCUAAUGACUGUGAUUGCAGUCAUGAUCCGUCUAUUUCUACAUCUAUCAUCUCAUAUCUUACGUGCGAAAGACAUUUUCCUUUUUCGGCUCCAGAAGGCGAAUUCGUCCAGCGAGAUUUGAUUUCAGCGAUGGUUGUUUUCGUUCUUAUCGUACGCCUUUCGUUCCAAAUGAACCCCUUUUUCUGUUGUCCUGUUUUCACUUGUAUAUCUCAUCCCUCCCUUAUCAUCACCCAGCUGCACUACUUGGACUCUGUGUAAAGAGCCAGAAUCCUGGAUUUGUUUCAGCGUGCGAUUGUAAAAAGGACGUAGCUGAUUAUGACGCGUUCUGAGACGAUCUCCUAAUUAAAAACCGAACGAAAGGAACAUUCUUUCAGAAUGAGGUUGCGGUUCGUGAGACAAAACUCUGGCAAAACAAACCCGUCGACAGUUGAGUGGAAACGCUCGAUAUUUUUGGGGUCCAAGCAUCCGAUUCGUGUUCAUAUUUCGAACUGUUAUCGCGUCUUUCCGUUUUGAACGCCCGCUCCGAAACUGUCGGCUUUACACGGCGUUAACCUUGGGAUACGGAGAUGAACGAACGUUCGAGGAGGUUCAUCAUCAGGUUCGCCAAAGUCUGAACUAUCUUCAUACGACAAUAUCAUCAUCAUCAUCAUCAUCAUCGUGCUCAUCAGUUAUAACCUGUACAGUAUUUUGCAUGAAAUGGCUCUGGAGUUUUACAUUUUGAAAUCGUCAUUUUCAUGUUUUAAUACACUUUCUAUGUAAGUCAA